AUGGCUUAUGAGGAGCUGAAUCAAAGUCGGGGUGCACAGGUCAGACUUAACUGGUUGAGAGAGUUGUAUGAUAGUUGUUGUGAUAACGAGCUAUGGGAGUUUGUUGCACGUGCAUAUCUUUUGCACCUUGUAGGGUGCACGAUAUUUGCUAAUAAAAGCGCCACCUAUGUUCGUACACAUUAUCUCGAGCUAUUUAGAGAUCUCCCGACAUGUCGUAGAUAUGCUUGGGGAGUUGCUGCUCUUGUCUACUUAUAUGAGCAGCUAGGAGAUGCUAGCUUUGCAAAUACAAAGCAAUUAGCUGGAUAUCUACCUAUUCUACAAACUUGGAUAUACGAGCACUUCCCUGCAUUGGGAAGGAAGCAAUUACGGGAUACAUAUGUGGAGACCGAACCCCGUGCCAUACGUUAUGUCACUAGACGCGCUAUUUCUGCUAUAACUGAUGUUAGACUCCACUUCCUGAGGCUUGGUACCCUCGUACACCGUCAUCUGUCAGAGCGUGUGUUGCGACAAUUUGGCUUCUUACAGCCUAUUCCACGAUCGCCGAGUUCGCUUCCCAUGGUGGACUUUGGGACUAUUGAUGAUCGGUGGAAAAACCACGAGCAGUAUGUUGUAGUUCAAGUGCUCCCCGCACCAGCUCCUUUUUCAUGUUCAGAUGGAUAUUUGCAGUGGUUUAGGAGAGUCUCCCAUCCAUACAUUUUACGUGGAGCUGAGGCCGACCGACCUAGCCUUGUGACAGUUCAGAGGACGUCACCGUCAUCAUCUUCUAGUGGUUUAUUGGGUGUCGUGAAACGCAUUGUUAGCAGUCUUCAGCGGAUGAUAGACUGUAGAGACGUUACUAAGGGCACAAUUGCUUGGGAUCGCAUGCAUGAGAAAGUUAAUCCUGUUGAGGUCACACCAACAAUCUCAAGCAAUGACAACCGAUAUUUGUUGGUUUUGUAA